AUGUUGCUAGCACUCAUGAUGUUGCUUCCGAGCGCGAGCGCGCUCGCUCUCGAAGCUGCGAUUACUCCAGCACCCAAGCUGCUUCGUCGGCAGGAAAUUCUCGACAAAGAGACUCCAAGAUUGAUUGGAUAUACCUACGACAAAGGCGCAUAUUCAGUAUGGGACUGCCGCGAGAGCUCAGCAUUCAUCACAAGCGGGAACUUUGGACGAUGCGCGGAGACCGCCAAAGAAAGCUUCAUAGCGACCACCUGCCUGAGCGGCAGUAUCAUGGCCGGUGAGGGGACUUCAAGCACAUGUACCGGCACGGCCGCCCAAACAAGAUGUCAAACCGGCACAGUGCUCCACUAUAUCAACGAUCAACAGCCCAUCAUGAACUACCAAUGCUGGCCAGCAUGGGACCAAGGCGACUGGCAAGCGACCAUCACAACGACCAUCGUAUCCUCGACAUUAUCCAGCUCGGCUUCGCCAUCAAGAUCAUCAAGCGCCGCCACAUUGACUUCCUCCUCCGCGUCGUCGUCGCAACAAUCACAGACCAGCGCAUCGAGCGUCACCGGAACAUCAACGACAUCCCCACCCACGACAUCCCAAGAAACCUCCAACGGAGGCGGCGUCACCGGCAGCAGCGGCGAGGAAUCUAAAGCCUGGAUCGCCGGCGCUGUCAUCGGCCCCCUCGCCGGCCUCGCGCUCGUCGGCGCAGGCUUCUGGUUCUGGUGGAGGCGACGACAGAACAAGAAGAACCCGUACAGGAACGGCGCCGUGGAGCUCGGCAGCGACGUCAAGAAUGCGCAGGUGUACGCUUACCACGCUGGACAGAAUGGAGGGCCCAGCGCGCCGCCGGCAGAGCUUUCCGGUCAGCAGUAUGCGGAGCUCGAGGGGUCGCAAAAGGGGCACUUUGCUGAGGCGGAUGGGACGCCUAUCACGAAAGGUGGUAAUACGGAGAAGCCUUGA